AUGUCUGCAGCGAAACGAGUACAGCAAUGGGCUACUUUUGCUCGUACUUGGCAUGUUUUUGAUUGCAAGUGGCAGGAUCCAUACCAGUCAGCCAAUUUAAUUAAAAAGUAUUUGAUGGGUUUACAUAAACCGAUUUACCAUCCUAUGAACGAUUGUGGAGAUGUUGUUGUUUGUAUCAAUAGCAGAGAUAUAGCUUUAAGAGGUGAUGAAUGGCGGAAACGCGCAUAUUUCCACCAUACGGGCUACCCUGGUGGAGCUUCUUGGACCCUAGCUUGGGAAGUUCAUAACAAGGACCCAACUAUGAUAAUUAAAAAGGCAGUAUACAGAGCGAUGCAGGGAAACCUUCAGAGACGGCACACAAUGCAAAGAUUAUUUAUAUACCCAGGAGAAGAGAUACCGGAUGAUGUAAAACAAAAUGUAACAAACCAAAUCCGACAACUGCGUUUAGUGCCUACUAGAUUAGAUCAUAUACCUGAAGAAGAAGUACAAAAAUUCCCCAAAGUUAUGGAGUACCCAAGCGAUUAUGUUUUAAAAUGA